AAAUCCAUUCAGCCAUGUUCAUCAAACAAGUGACCAUGCAGGGCUUUAUGAGCUACCGCGACCAGACCAUCGUGGAGCCAUUCUCGCCAAAGCACAACGUUGUUGUUGGUCGCAACGGAUCGGGCAAGAGCAGCUUGUUCCUGGCCAUUCGAUUCGUGCUCAAUGAUCUUGAACCGCCAGCGGAAGAGACACGCAGCCAAUUCAUCAUGAAAUUGCUUCAUGACGGCGUCGGUGGCACAGCAUCCGCGGCAUCGGCCAUGAACGCGUCCGUCGAGGUUUGCUUUGACAACUCGGACAGCCGCAUCCCGAUCGACAGCGACGAGGUCACGUUGCGACGAGUGAUUGGCAUCAAGCGAGACGACUAUUACAUUGAUGGCAAGCACGUCGUCAAGUCGGACGUGAUGAAUCUCUUUGAGAGCGCGGGCUUUUCCCAGGCAAACCCGUACUACAUUGUGCAGCAAGGCAAAAUCACAAAGCUGGCUGUGCAAAAGGACGCCGAUCGCCUGCAGCUCCUCAAGGACGUGGCUGGCACCAGCGUCUACGACAAGCGCCGUGAAGAGUCCGUCAAGCUGAUGGACGAGACGGAAGGGCGCCGCGGCAAGGUCGACGAGAUGCUGGCCUACAUUGAAGAGCGUCUCCAGGAGCUCGAAGCCGAAAAGAACGAGCUCAAAGACUACCAGCUCUUGGACAAGGAGCGCCGUCGGCUCGAGUACAACAUUUACGAGCGCGAGCUGCGCGAGACGCGCGAGCAGCUCGAGGAGCUGGAACGCACCCGCCAGGCCGAGUCUGAAAGCAACCAUGCACGCCAUGCCGAAGCCAUCGAGGUUGGCGACAAGAUCAAGCUGAUUGACCGCGAAUUCAAGGCUCUUGCCGCAAACGUCCGCCUUUUGCAAGAUGAGCAGCGCGGACUGCAAGACGAUCUUCAGGUGGCCAUCAAGGCGCGCGCCAAGGCCGAGCUCGAUGCCAAAGAUUUGGUUGAAGGUGUUGCUGCGGACAAGACGCGCAAGGAUCUUCUCGAAAAGGACAUUACGCAGCUCCAAAAGCUGAUUGCGGAUCGCGAAAAGCAGCUCCGAGAUACUGUGCCAAAGUACGAGAGCGUGCUCAACCAGCAACAGGCGCUGGAGCAGCAGUUGGCAGAGAGCCAGCGUCGCCGUGAUGAUUUGACGGCCAAGCAAGGCCGCGGUGCCCAGUUUGCCACAGUGGAGGAGCGUGAUGCUUGGCUCAAGCAGGAGCUGGCCACGUUGACCAAGAGUCGUCAAGAAAAGCAAAAGACGAUUACAUCGAUGAAAACAGACAUCACGCGCCUCUCCCAGACAGUUGAGAGUCAGUCGGGCGAGAUUGACGAGCGCGUGGCAGAUUUGAAGAAGCGUCAGACCGAAGUCGAGUCUCUCGGCCACCGAAACGCCGAGCUUGUUCGAGCUCGCGAUGAUGCCAUGAACCGUCGCAAAGCCCUCUGGCAGCAAGAUGCCAGCAAAGACGCCGAAAUGGAGAAUCUGCGAGCCGACUUUGCCAAGGCAGACCGAAACCUGCAGGGCACAAUGAGCAAGAGCUUGGCGCAGGCCAUCGAAGCCAUCGAGCGCAUCGCUCGCGAAAAGAACAUUUCUGGCGUUCACGGACCGCUGAUUGAGCUGUUUCAGUGCGAGGAGGUUUUCCACACUUGCGUUGAGGUGACGGCCGGCAACAGCCUGUUCAACAUUGUGGUCGACAACGACGAGAUUGCGUCCAAGCUCAUCUCGGCCAUGAAUGCCGAAAAGAUUUCUGGCCGUGUCACGUUCAUGCCGCUCAACCGACUCGAUCCAAAGCCAGUCUCGUACCCGAAAACCAAGGACGCAUUACCGCUGGUUGACAAGCUGCAGUACCACCCCAUGUUCAAGGGCGCCAUCAUGCAGAUCUUCAACAAGACGCUGAUUUGCCGCACCAUGGACGUGGCCUCUACGCUUGCCCGCGAGGCCAAGCUCGAUUGCAUCACGCUGGAGGGUGACCAGGCCCACCGCAAGGGAGCGUUGACGGGCGGCUAUCACGACGUCCGCACAUCGCGUCUCGAAGCCAUGCGUGCCAAGCGCCUGGCCAAGUCCAAGCUGGACUCCAUGUCCCAAGAGUCGGCCAAGCUCAAACGAAUGGCUGCCUCUGCUGACGAAGAGGUCAACAAGGUUGCCAGCGAGACUCAGCAAUCCGAAACGCGCCGCGCUCAGCUGGUCGACUCGGAUGAAACGCUGCGCCUCGAGUUGCGCGGAUUGACCGAAGCGCGUGAUGCUGCUCGCGCGAGCUUGGAACAAAAGCAAAAGCAGCUGGCGACGCUGGAGGCUGAUUUGGCGACAUUGACAUCGCAGAUUGACUCGUUGAAGGCCGAGGUGGGCACCCAGCUGCUCUCGACGCUGAAUGCCGCCGACCAGCAAGAGCUGCGCUCCCUGCUGGACAGCAUCCAGUCACUCAAGCAGCAGCUCAUGACCAGCUACGAGACGGUGACGCAAGUCCAAUCAACCAAGACCCAGCUCGAGUCCGAGUUGCAGCAAAACCUCAAACGCCGACGGGCUGCGCUGGAGGACGAGCUGCGCGUGGUGAGCGAGCGACAGCGCGACACUCUGCUCCAAACGGCCACGCAAACCCACCAAACGACCGUCGGGCAAGUGACGCGCAUCCAGGAGCGCCUCGCGCAAGUGGAAGACGCACUUACCACCCAAAACAAGGAGGAGCACACGCUCAAGCAGCAGCUCGACACGAUGAAAGACCGCGAGCGCGUGUUGCGAGAGGCGCUGGCCCGCGAGGGCAAGGCCAUCGAGAAGAUUCUCAACAAGCGCAACCUGCUGCUGCAGCGUCGCGAGGAGUGCACUCGCAAGAUUCGCGAUCUUGGUUCGCUCCCGACUGAGGCUUUCGACAACUACCAGACGACGCCGUUGCAGCGGCUGUAUGAGCUGCUCAACAAGUGCAACGAGAACCUGCAAAAGUUCAGCCACGUCAACAAGAAGGCCGUGGAUCAGUACAUGAACUUUUCUUCGCAGCGACAAAUGCUGCUCGAGCGCAAGCAAGACUUGGACAAAGGCGAUCAGGCCAUCAAGGAACUCUUGGAAAGCUUGGACCAUCGCAAGGACGCUGCCAUUCAACUGACCUUCCAGCAGGUCGCCAAAAACCUGACGGAUGUGUUUGCCGAGCUUGUUCCUGGCGGCCAUGCGAAGCUGGUCAUGCAGCUCAAGGAUGCACGCGAACUCGAGGCCGAGCAAGCUUCGCGAAGUGGCGAUUCACGCCGUCUGCCCCCUGUUGAGGCGUAUGUCGGAGUUUCCAUUCAUGUUUCUUUCACGGGCAAGUCCAGCGAAACACAUCUCAUGCAACAGCUGUCUGGCGGCCAAAAAACACUGGUGGCGCUUGCGCUCAUUUUCGCGAUUCAGCGCUGCGAUCCGGCCCCGUUCUACUUGUUCGAUGAGCUCGAUCAGGCGCUGGACGAGACGCAUCGCACUGCUGUCGCAGCCAUGAUCCACCGACUCUCGGACCGAGCGCAGUUCUUGACCACGACGUUCAAGCCCGAAAUGCUGAAAGAUGCUGACAAGGUCUAUGCCGUGACCCAUCGCAACAAGGUGUCGUACAUUGAUUGCGUCUCGAGGGCAGCAGCGCUCGACUUUAUCGCCGAAGGAGGCGACAGUUGAGCGCACUUUGUUCGGAGCGUUUUCUUUUGUUGUUGUUUUUUUGCGAUUUGUUAAGCUUCUGCCGAGCGUCUGCGAUGCGAUGCGAUUCGUCUUGUCGUUUUCUUAUUGAACAUUGUAAUAAAGUUGUUGCUUACC